AGAGUAACGAUGAUCAGGCAGAUAUUAAGAGAAAAGAUAUAUCUUUGGAGUAUUAUAUUUCGCACUUGCUUGUAAUACUUGGAUAUGCCCGAAUUUGGCCCGUCGACUCGUUUCCGCUAUGUAAAAUGUUGUUUUCAACCGGAGCAACGACUGUUUUUAUUUUGGGAAAUUCUCUGCUCCUAUUCUCUGAAAUUGUGCAACUUACAAUGAUAAACGAUCUACAAUUAUUUGCCAAUAUUAUCGGAGUAAUCUGCAUGCAUUUGGCGGGCUUAAUAAAAUGGUGCUACUGUAUAAAAGAAAAUCACCAAAUCAUCGAUAUUGUGAUAAAGCUGGAAAAAUGCCACGUACUUUGCCAACAAAUCGAUAACAGCGAAGAAGGGUGUCGAAUAUAUAGGAAUAAAAUGGAAUGCGCACAUCGAUAUUCCAGUUACUUCAUAUAUGGAUGGGCAUGUGCAUGUACUUAUGGUGUUCUACAUUGGUGUAUCAAUCCAUUUCUCCUAGGAACUUGGGCAUUAAAGCAAAUGAAUUCGACAAAUCAUACAUUUAUCAAAAGAAGUUUGCCGUUUAUCGGAUGGUAUCCUUUGAACACCGAUGAUAUUUAUAAUUAUAUUUAUCUGUAUGUUAUACAGGUAAUCGGCGGAAUAUCUUCUGCGUUCGGAAUUAUUUGCUAUGAUACUUUUUACGUCACCAUGCUAAUGAUCAUCUGUGUACAAUUUCAACAUAUCAAUACAAUAUUGCAAAGAAAUAAUUUUGAUAAGUAUGAUCAGUCUCUUUUUUUAUCGCAAGUGAUUUGUAAAAUAAACUCCCUCGAUCAUGGAAAAAUAUUAUUGGACUUGCAGCGUGCCAGAAGCAAUGUUUAUUCUCGAGAGAAAGUUAAAGAAUUGCGUGGAUUGUCAUGCAGAGAUUAUAAAAUUCACAUGGAGUCUAUCUUCAAAUUAUGGACUCUGCUCGUAUACUUUUUAUGCGCCAGCGUUCAAUUAUAUGUCUUCUGUUUUUUUGCCACUCAACUCGGACAUUUGGGCUUGCAAAUUGCGCAUUCAGUAUAUUUCUGCGGAUGGGAGCUUAUGAUUUUUAAGGAGAGAAAAGAUCAAUCGAAAAACAAUUUCGGAAAACAAUUAAAACAUUGCAAUAUUGACCGAUUAGUACAAACAAUUAUGGUGCGAGCACAGAGACCGAUUAUUUUAACCGGUGGUCCAUUUUAUGUACUUUCGUUGGAAACUUUUAGAGUUGUAAGUAACAUAUUAUAUAUGGCGAAUUUUAGACAUUCAUCUACAGAUAUCAUUUUAUUUUAUUUCUGAAAUUUUAUAUUUAAUUUUUUUGCACAAGACGCAUAUAUAAGUCACAUAUUUGUUAUUUAUUUAAAACUUCAAGUUCUCCUUUUCAAACAGUUAUCGGAAAAUAUUAAAAGAAAGUGUUUCAUUAUUAGCGAAUAUACAUAUGGGUGUAAUUCUGAUUAUGCUACAUUUUUACGCAAAACAUUUAUGUAAAAAUGUAAAAGUUAAUUAUAAUGGAUUACAAUCGUAAUUUACGUAUUCAUUCACAUAACACAAAAAUUUAAGGCAAGCUUUAUCUUUGAACGCCGAUAUGAAAUUUAUGUUAUAGAUAAUUGGUUUGGCAAUGUCAAAUUCUGUAAUGCUACGUACAAUUUCUGAUACGACAUUAGAUGAAUGAGCUAAAAUUGAUAGACAUUUAUGUAUGUAUCUUCUUUAAUAUAAGAGCUUAAUCUACCUAAAUAUACUAUGACAGUCUGAUAAUGAAGACAAAAUGCUUAUAUAAUAAAUGAUAAUAAAUUAGAUUAAAAAUUGAUAAUAAAUUAUAAUUAUAUGCUGCAAUCCUCCGCUAUUAAAACAAAUUCUGUAUAAAAGAUAAGGCAACUUCUCCACGAAACAAUUUUUUUUAAAAUAAAAAUUUAAGCAUCAGAUGCGUAUGAAGUGCAUCUAUAAUUAAACGCGUUAUUAACAUACGAGACCAAUAAUGACUAUGACAGAACCUUGUCUAUGUUUGUAUUUAUAUUUUUCUAAUGGACGACUAUCUCCCAUAUUGCACGCUAGCAUUCCCAAGUCGUUUCUUGCGUUCAGCGCUCUUUAUAUCUCAUCGAGAUAUGGAAUGUGAAGAGAAAGAAAGAGGAAGUGUAUAAAGGUAGAGUGUGGGAGAGAUUGUCGGUAGAGUGGGGACAAAGAGAGAGGAUGCUAUCCACCUACAACCGUAUAAGAAGCCCGCGCUUCUAUCAGGAGAGCAUGAACACGCAAACGUCGUGGCUUACUAACUCUUUCGCAUGUUAUCUUAUCACGGAUGCUACGUGUCCCGACGAGGCAGCUUGGACUCCGCGAGUGGACUCGCCGCGACA